AAUAAAGUAACUCACACAGAAACCAUACCGUCCGCAAUGGAUCUAGCAUCUGAUCUAGCUGAACUUGCUUCGUUGGCGAUGCCGAACCAAUCUCCAAAAGCUGUCUCAUACUCGGACAAAGAACUAGAGCAAGCUGGUCUCCUUGGUGAAGACGUUUCCCCGCUCGUGAAGGACAUCCUGCAAGAGAUGAGGGAAAAGCCGGGUCAGCUGAAUUUCUCGCUGUUUGCCCUGCAAUGCGCCAACAAAACUUACAAGUGGAGGAAGGCUUCCGCUUCCGUCUCCGCCUCCCCCCCCCCCGAAUCCAUCUGUGGGAUUACUGGCGCCAACGAUGACCACCCAGACCUUAUAUACCGCUCCGACGCCCUCACCAACCCGUCCCCUCAUACCCAAGGCGGGCUAAAAGCUGCUUGUGGCGUAUGGAACACCCGGCUCAACGAAGUCUGGCACAUCGUGCUUCCCCAGAUCUGUGACCUCGUCGUUGCAAAUGGGAUCGAUUAUACGAGCAUCAGCGCAGCGCAUUUCGGUGGUCCGCCGGUCGUCUGGGUAGCGGUUUCUCCUGGCUCAGUUUCUUCCGACAAGGCCCAUGAUGUAUCAGAGCUCAUUUUAGCUGUUCUCCGCGAGAAUGGAGACGAGGACACCACUGUCGAAUGGACAGAAGCAGUCUCGUUUUUUUUAUAA